UUGAUGGGUGUUUCAUUCUCGGCGGAAAUUUCGAUAUUGCCCCUGUUAACAAGCGCCGAGUGAGACGUGUCAGUGUUGCCCGGCCGGAUGGUCCCUGUGCAGCCCUGGAGCCCUUUGCCGCCGCCCAGCCCCACCGCUGCCGCCCCGGCGCCCUUUAUUUCUACCCGGAGCUGCUGCUCCUCUUCGCCUGCUGCAUCCCAGGUGGUGCUGGAGGAGGAGGAGAAGCUGCUGGUUUAUUCAGUCAGUGAUGCUCGGAUUGUGGGCGGGAGCAACUCUUUUUUUUUUUUUUUUUUCCCUCUUUCGCCUCUCCUUGUCCUUCCUCUUCUCUCCCGCACCUCGACUUUGCUGUCUCUGCACUGCAGAUCCCCGCUAGCCAGUUCAGCCGCUGCCGCGCCUCCCGGUCCGGGCCCCCCACCCCGCCAUGCACCCCGCCCCGCCGCCCUAGGACGAGCUUUCGGGCACCGCUGGCAGCGAGGGGCCGGGGCUGCCAUGCGGCAGGACCGGCUGACGGGCUCGCUGCGGCGCGGCGGGCGAUGCCUGAAGCGGCAGAGCUCGGGCGGCGGCGUGGGCACCAUCCUCAGCAACGUCCUCAAGAAGCGCAGCUGCAUCUCCCGGACGGCGCCGCGCCUGCUCUGCACCUUGGAGCCAGGGGUUGAUACAAAAUUGAAAUUCACUCUUGAACCAUCUUUAGGUCAAAAUGGUUUUCAGCAGUGGCAUGAUGCACUUAAAGCAGUGGCCAGAUUGCCGACAGGCAUACCGAAAGAAUGGCGGAGAAAGGUUUGGCUGACCCUAGCUGAUCAGUACUUACACAGUAUAGCCAUCGACUGGGAUAAAACCAUGCGUUUCACAUUCAAUGAAAGAAGUAAUCCUGAUGAUGAUUCCAUGGGCAUUCAGAUAGUAAAGGACCUUCACCGAACUGGUUGCAGUUCUUACUGUGGCCAGGAGGCAGAGCAAGAUCGAGUGGUAUUAAAACGUGUUUUGCUGGCUUAUGCCAGGUGGAAUAAAUCUGUUGGCUAUUGUCAAGGAUUUAACAUACUCGCUGCACUUAUUCUGGAAGUAAUGGAGGGCAAUGAAGGGGAUGCCCUGAAAAUUAUGAUUUACCUAAUUGAUAAAGUCCUUCCUGAUAGCUAUUUUGUCAAUAAUCUCCGCGCUCUCUCUGUGGAUAUGGCGGUUUUCCGAGAUCUUUUACGAAUGAAGCUUCCUGAACUGUCCCAGCACUUAGACACCCUGCAAAGAGCUGCUAACAGAGAAAGUGGAGGAGGCUAUGAACCCCCGCUUACAAAUGUCUUCACAAUGCAGUGGUUUCUGACCCUCUUUGCCACUUGCCUGCCCAACCAUACAGUUCUGAAGAUCUGGGACUCAGUAUUCUUUGAAGGCUCUGAAAUUAUACUGAGAGUAGCUUUGGCCAUCUGGGCAAAGUUAGGAGAGCAAAUAGAGUGUUGUGAAACUGCAGAUGAGUUUUACAGUACCAUGGGCAAGCUGACCCAGGAGAUGCUGGAAGACAGUCUGAUUGACAGCAACGAACUCAUGCAGACUGUUUAUACCAUGGCUCAGUUUCCCUUCCCACAACUGGCAGAAUUAAGGGAGAAAUACACGUACAACAUUACUCCUUUUCCUGCAGCAGUAAAAUCAACUUCGCUUUCAGGAAGGCUAGGCAGAACUAGAGACAGUGAUGAGGAGAAUGACCUAGAUGAUGAAGACUCAAUUGCCAAUGCAAUUGGCUGUCUUGGACCCUUAAGUGGGUUUUUGGCACCAGAGUUCCAAAAGUACCAAAAACAGAUGAAAGAUCAGAAUGAAGAACAAAGUCUGGGUUCCAGUAACAUUGCAGAAUUGAGUCCAGGAGCAAUAGACUCUUGCCGAAGCGAGUAUCAUGCUGCUUUUAACAGCAUGAUGAUGGAGCGUAUGACCACUGAUAUUAAUGCACUGAAAAAGCAAUAUUCUAGGAUAAAGAAGAAGCAACAACAGCAGGUUCAUCACGUGUAUAUCAGAGCAGGAUCUGAAGAUGACGACCCUGGGAUUUUUUUAGGUCCCAGGGACCAGCUGAACAAUGACAAAGGGCCAGUUACCAGCCUCCUCCCUUCUCAGGUAAACCAUUCCCCAGUGAUAAACCACCUCCUUUUAGGAAAGAAGAUGAAAUUGAAUAACAGGUCUCUCAAAAAUGCUGUUAUUCACAUCCCAAGUCAUGCUCCAGGGAAGAUGUCUCCAAUUCCCCAAGAAGAUCUUAAACCAAAACUGAACUCUCCAUGGCGCACUCACAUACGAGUUCAUCGAAAGAAUAUUGCGAGGGCCAAAGGACAGCUGGGCUAUGGGGACACCAUAGGACUAAUAGAUGAGCAGAGCGAGAGCUGUAAAACAAAUAGUUCUGGUGCAAAGGAGGAGACUUCCAAACAGUCUGACUUUGGAGAAGGAGAAGAGGGUGGUUUGGAUGACAGGACUACUCGAAAAGGUGACCGACAGGCAUCUGAGCCAGUCUCCAUGGAUGGCAGCACAAACAUGUCAGUGGUUCAGCUAAAACUGGAAGCACUGGAACUCACCUCGGAUAACACCGGUGCUGAGUCAGCAUCCCAUCAGCCCAGGCAGCCGCGUUUAUCAGAGUCCUCCAGCUCAUCCAGCGACAGUGGGAACCUGGCUAAAUCUCCCCAGCCUGGGAACCCAAGGCCACAGGUCUUCAAUCCUUUUCCCAGUGUCAAGCCUCUUCGAAAGUCAGCUACAGCCAGGAAUUUGGGGUUGUAUGGCCCCACUGAAAGAACGCCAACUGUACACUUCCCACAAAUGAGCAGAAGUUUCAGUAAGUCUGCCAGUGGCAAUAGUGGGACCAGGAAACGAUGACGUACUUAACUGGCACUUCUAUUUCUAACAGCAAGAAAAAAUUUGUAUUGUUUCUUUUCUUCUUUUUUUCUUUUUUUAAUGUGUGUGUGUGUAUGUGUGUCCCAAAUUGUUCCUAAUCUAAGUAAUGGGGACAAAAGUGGUUACCAUUUGUAUAAAUAUGUGUCUUUGAAAAGUGUGCUCCUGUGUCAUUAUGGGAUAGAUUAGUGAAGAUGCACUCUGGCACCCUAUUGUGGAUUCUGGUUGUUCCGUGGUAAGAUAAACAUUGAACUGCAGUGUGAAGCAUACCGUUUCUUUAACUCAGACAUAAAAAAUCACCAGCUGCCUUUAACCCCUCAGCCCCUCGUGGUUGUCUCCUCUCUCUUUCAAACCUCAAAGGACAAAUUGUCUGGUGCAGCAGACAGAUAACGGCAUUUCUGUGGCUGUUGCACAGCUUCCCUGUUAGACGUCCUGUUAGACCUCCUCACCAUGCUCUGUGAGAAGCUGGAGAAGCCAUGACUAAUAGAAGCACAAGCAGCCCUGGCAGUCAAAAAUAUCACUUUGUGUCCAACAAUUGGCCAUCUGGCUUCAGACGUUCUUGAGCAGUGUUUUGUGCUUCUAUUCCCGCAGCAGUCCGUUGCUCAGCUCAUACUGGUUUUGAUAUAAAUGUAAUUGAUGAGCAUGAGAAUAGCAGACAUGAAUCCAUACACAAGAUUGGUUUGCUCUCUUUCUGUUACGUAUGUACAUACAUACAUUUCUGUUACUACUGGAGAGUUGCAGCACUGCAAAAUUAGGAGUUAGGUACAACUGUAUGUGUAGUUGUAUGAAUAUUAAGACACAUCUUUGCUUCAGUGGAUUUAAAAGCUAUUAUCUAGAUUACAGACUUGUAAUUAAAUCAUGUUUGCCAGCUUAGCAGUAGGUAAAAUAUAUGAAUGUUCCAAGGUAGUUUAGGGUUUUAAAUUCGAUAGAGUGAUUAGAUACUUAGGGUGCCAUUUAUAUUUGAAAGCAAACACGAGCCACUACAUAAGUGGGAUGGACCUGUGGGACAGCCCUGGGCUCCCACAGCUUGGGUCUGAUUUGGUGUGGAAGAGCAAUGGCAAAGCAAUAAGCUGAGUGUUUACUUACAAAUUAAAAAGCAAAACUGGUAAAUACCAUAUGACAAGUAGUUUUGUUUUCUUUUUUCUCUACAUAUAUGUAUUAAACAGGCAGGCAGAGAAACUAAAUAUGAAUAAUUCAACUACAGGUUUGCAAAAUCAAGCACUCCAAAAAGUUCAGGUUUCUCUAAAAAUAUUACAGCUCUUCUGAAUUGUGUGUAUUGACUGUGAUUCAUGACCUUAUUGCUUCCAAGUUUCCCGUGACAUGAAAGUGCCAUUAUUUUAAGCUGGAAUAAAAGCAGUAAUGAUGAAUCAGCCCCAUUGUAUGUAAUAUCUUACUUCCUCUUUUAAAAUUAUUUGUUAAGUUUGAAAAUUAAUAUAUCAUUGUCUAUUUAUUAAUGUACACCCAGUAUAGGAUGUGGUAUCAGUUUUACUAUACACCAUAACUUAUAAGCUGUACAAUAUACCCUGUUUAUUGUUGUGGGGACAGUUUUAUUAUGUUGUUGUUUUAUACAAGUGUAUGCAUAUAAAAUAUCCAAGUAUGAACACUAUAAAUAUAAAGCAGAAGUAGAUCAGAUCUUGCCCCUACCUUAUUUUCAGGCUGUAGUAGUAUUGUCAUUAAUGAUUAUUUAUAGCGCUAAGUAUAUUUAAAAUAAUGUAGCAUUUAGUCACAGAUCACGGACUGUAUGAGAAUUGUUUCUGAUUGAUUUAGAAGAAAUGGACUUCUCAAAAUCUUACUGUAAAUCAUUCUCCCCAGUUUUUCUGAGCUUCAGUGUAUCACGCAGCUGUAUACUGAACAAUAAAUACUG